AUGGACGCCAGGGCGAUACCGCUGGGCGCCGGUGCGCCGGUGAGGGCCCAGAGGGCACCGCAGGGGUCGGAGGCAGCGCGGGAAGCGCCCAGAGCGGGCGGGAUGCGAAAGCAGCGGCGGGCGGCAUCGCUGAGAUGCGGCGUCGCCGGCGUGGCACAGUUUGCGGAGACGGUGGCAGAGGCCACGGAACCGGGAGAGGUGCCUCAUAUGUACGAAACUGUGGGAGAUGUAAUGACAACCACGGUGAUUUCAGUUACCAGAAAUACCCCUGUGACUGAAGCAUUGGACCUCAUCGCGAAGCACAGGAUAACAGGCAUGCCUGUUGUGGAUGCUGACAAUGUGGUGGUUGGAGUAGUGUCAGACUACGACCUGUUGGCAUUGGAUCUGCCCUCAGAGAACCAAGGGAUGUUUCCUUCACUGGACAUGUCAUGGCAGACAUUCCGAGAGAUUCAGACUUUGUUGAGCAAGAUCGAGGGACAGAUAGUUGAGGACGUCAUGACUAAGGACCCCAUGUCCGUGCGGCCCAACACAAGCCUGGAUAUGGCUGCCAGGAUUCUGCUGGAGUCGAAGAUCAGGAGGCUGCCAGUGGUGGACAGGGAUGGCAAGCUGAUAGGCCUGCUGUCUCGCAGGAACAUCGUUGUGGCCGCCCUCGCAGAGCGAAAGAGGAACGCAGCGGUCGCCUUCGGUGGCGCGGUGGGGCGCUUGGCAUAG